AUCAUUAACUUAGCUGAUAAAGUUAUAAAUAUCAUCAUCAAAUUUUAAUGCUUAAAUUAUCUUCCUGCAAUGUUCAUUCUAUUUGCCUUGUAGUGCCACAUUGAGUCACAAUUGUUAUCAUACCAUCCUUAUAAUUGUAACCUCAUAGUGAUGCUUAUUUCUCAGCCAGUUUCUGACAUCUCUUAAGUUGAUAAGUAAAGCUAUAUUAUAAGAUUUGAAUUUUAGUUUUACACUCAUGGUCAAAUUAUUUUCCAGUACAAUAAAUUCAAAUUUUAUAGUGUUAUUGAAAGGAGCUUGCAAGUUUUGUAUCAUGUUUAUUGAAUUAUUGACUUGUUAAGAAUUAUUCACCCUUUUGAUUGUGUGUUUUGUCUGUUCUCUUUUCUUUUGGGUGGUUGGGUUGGGUGUGGGCUGUUACACGCACUUCUGGGGUUCACAAUCUAGGGCUUAAAAUAAUUCCCAACGGCAUUGCCAUGGUCUCGGACUUCCAAGGCCGGUCAACGGGAGAGGCUUUUGUCCAGUUUGUGAGCAAAAAAAAUGCUGAGAAGGCCCUUGAGCGUCAUAAAGAAAAAAUUGGUCACAGGUACAUCGAGAUCUUCCCCAGCACCACCGAGCAGAUCCGCAUUGCUAUGAAUGAGCCCCGUGGUGGGGGCAUGCGGGGUGGCAGUGGGCCUUUCAUUGGCCCCAGGGGCCCUGGUAACUUCAAUGAUGAUGGCCCCAACUUCAAUAUGAACUUCAAUGAUGGCUGUGGGAUUGGACCCAUGGGAGGAGGAAGUUUCAACAACCGUAUGAUGCCCUACGACGCCCGCGACCGGCUGGGAGGCGCCAACAGAUUCAACAGAGGAUUCAACAACAAUUUCAACAAUAUGGGCGGCGGUGGUGGCGGGUUUGGCGGUGGACUAGGCGGUCGAGGUGGCAAUGAUGGAGGCGGCAUGAGGGGAAGCAACAAGCCGCGGUUCCCGACACACAGCGUCCACAUGCGGGGCCUGCCCUUCAAAGCCACCGACUACGACGUCAUGGAUUUCUUCAAGCCUCUGGAGACGGUGAACAUAACCUUCGUACAAGACAACAAUGGGCGCGCGUCUGGCGAAGCUGACGUCGAGUUUGCCACCCACAGCGACGCUCUUAAGGCCAUGGGCAAGCACAAAGAACACAUGAAGCAUCGCUACAUUGAGCUCUUCCUUAACUCCUCCCCAGAAGAUGAUGGAUUCAAUGACGACAUGGGCUCCGGCAACAUGGACAACAUGAAUUGGGGUCAAGGGGGCAACAUGAACUGGGGGCAAGGCGGAGGAAACGCGAACAACAUGGGCUGCAUGGAUGGCAACAUGGGAGGCAUGGGUGGAAACAUGUGUGGCAACAUGGGCGGUAAUAUGGGAGGAAUGGGUGGCAACAUGGGAGGAAUGGGAGGCAACAUGGGCGGAAUGGGAGGAAACAUGGGCGGAAUGGGAGGGAACAUGGGAGGAAUGGGAGGCAACAUGGGCGGAAUGGGAGGCAACAUGGGCGGAAUGGGAGGGAACAUGGGAGGAAUGGGCGGCAACAUGGGUGGUAUGGGCGGAAUGGGUGGUAACAUGGGAGGAAUGGGUGGCAACAUGGGCGGAAUGGGUGGUAACAUGGGAGGAAUGGGUGGCAACAUGGGUGGUAUGGGCGGAAUGGGUGGUAACAUGGGCGGAAUGGGAGGCAACAUGGGCGGAAUGGGAGGUAACAUGGGCGGAAUGGGAGGGAACAUGGGAGGAAUGGGCAACAACAUGGGUGGUAUGGGAGGCAACAUGGGCGGAAUGGGAGGGAACAUGGGUGGUAUGGGCGGCUCAGGAGGCGGAAUGGGCCGUAGCAUGUUAGGUGCCAAGAGUGACACCUUCGUCGGCAAGAUAAAACCGACGGGGCGCAAUAGCGCCUGGGCCGAUGGCGGGGCCUCUCGGAACUUCCGCACGCGGGGCUUCAGCGCCGAAAAAGAGAAACUGCCGGCCAAGUCCUCUUCUAUGGAUGAUCGUGACGGAAACUAUUCCUCUGCCUCCUACGCUGCGACCGGCACCGACUACAAGCAAGAGUCUUCAUACUCGAACUUCAGUGGGUCGCAGGCUGCCGGGGCUGCGUCCUCUAGCUACUCUGACUACCGAGCAGCUGACGACUACAACGGAGACCAGCAGCAGACGGCGUCAGCUGGCAACUACGAGUAUUCUGCUGGCAGUGACCGGAAUGCCAGUACUUACAGUGGCAGCUGGAGUAACACUGGGGGAGAUUAUGCUGGCAAUCGUACUGGCAUGGCCAAUUAUUCUUACACCUAAUAUUUAUCUCUCACCCCUUCGAGUGUCGGAAACUUUUAAUACACAUAAUUGUAUGUACUAACUACUCCAUGCAUUUUUGUUGCGUGCUCUCAGUAGUGCUAGUGGGUUUUAAGUAUUUUCCACAACCAUGGUUAUUUUUCUCCAUGAUGUAACAUUUUGUUUUCAGUUUUUCAUAAUCGAUUUUCCCAGGUGUAACGUUCAUGUUAUAUUUGAAGGAGCUUGCGAAUGAUUUUAUUUGGCAUUACUGACAUCAUAGUUCAACCUUGAAAAUAGUAUCGUUUAAGUGAAUGAGUUGUGGGUUAUGACAAUAGGAAACUUUUUUUUUAAUUCUCAUAGAAUUCAAGUAUUCAUAAGAUAUGAAUGGUUGAGCUUGCGGAUUCGUAUUGGUACUCGAGCUCCUUCAUUGUUAGUGAAUUUCGCACGAUGAUUAAUCACUGUGGUAUAGCGCACCUUUCGUGGUUAAUGACAAUUUCAAUAAAAAGUAGCACGAAA